GGCGACGGACAAUGAUGCCCGGAGCCCCGCUGGCCUUUCUCACUCUCAACGUAAUACCCCGGGGCCCAGAGGAGAAAGGCACAAGCUCCUAUUAGCCGCCUAGGGCACCCCGACUCCGGUUCUCAGCCCUGAGCGGCUGUGGAGACCAGAGGCGAGAGACACGGCGGCUCCCUGGCCUCCUGCCCGGGCUGGCGCGGCGCGUUAGGGCGCGCGUGCGUACGAGCGCGCGCCGGGCACGUGCCGCCCGCGAGCCCCCCGGCGAUUGGCUGUGACGCGACUUCCGGUGCGAGCGGCGGAAGCCGGGCGGGCAAGCGAGUGAGCGAGCAGGGAGGUAGGCAGGCAGGGAGGUAGGGAGGCAGGUAGGCGCCCGGGAGGCAGGCAGCGAGGAAGCGAGGGAACCAGACAGGCCGGCGGAGGCCCGAAGGAAGCCGAAACCUGCCCCCGUGCCCAGGUCCUCCGCUCCCUCAUCCCGGAGCCCCCAGCGGAGUGGACGCGGCCCGCCCCGGCCAUGGCCUCGCUGCUGAAGGUGGAUCAGGAAGUGAAGCUCAAGGUAGCAGCCCCCGCCUCCUCCCCGCGACCCCGCCGGGCCGGUUCUUGAUCCCGCGGUGUCCGCCUUUGUCUCCCGCGGGCACUUCCGAGUCCGGCGCCGCCUCCCUCUGCCCCGGGCCCGCCCCAACCUCCCCCCUUUCCCGGCUGGCCACUGGCUCUUCCUGGGGACGGUCUGAGCGUCGCUUCACUCAAGGAUGCUACUACUGUGGAGCCGGUGCUGCUUCUCCCCGCGCCGGAUUUUGGGGGGAGGCGGUGGCGUACACGUGUUGGGCCUGGGGGAGACAGGCCGCAGCGAAAACCAACCCUCUUAUCGAUCGUGAGGCGCCACCUCCCCCUCCCGCCGCCAAGAUCCCGCAGGAGCUUGGGGUUACACUAGCAUCGUCACUGAGGGUUGGGGGGUGCGUUUGUGAGAUCACAGCCCCCAUGUCCCCGCUUCCCUGCUACCCCUCUUAACCUGGGGGAACAAGCUGACAUAGGGAGGGAGGAAAAAACUGACAAGUGUUGGCCCCUAUUCCGUGGGAACCACCCCCAAGAUGGAGAAAUGGAUCCUCAAAAAAAUAAAAUACUUAGAAUCUGGGGGUCUCUCAUCUUCCCAUUACAACUACAAGGUUGAUUCUUUCAGGGAGCGGAUCACAAGUGAGGCAGAAGACUUGGUGGCAAAUUUUUUCCCAAAGAAGUUGUUAGAACUUGAUAGUUUUUUGAAGGAGCCUAUCUUAAACAUCCAUGAUUUAACUCAGAUCCACUCAGACAUGAAUCUCCCUGUUCCUGAUCCCAUCCUUCUUACCAAUAGCCAUGAUGGAUUGGAUGGUCCCACUUUGAAGAAGAGGAAAUUGGAUGAAUGUGAGGAGGCCUUCCAGGGUACCAAGGUGUUUGUGAUGCCUAAUGGAAUGUUAAAAAGCAACCAGCAGCUGGUGGACAUUAUUGAAAAGGUGAAACCUGAAAUCCGGCUGUUGAUCGAGAAAUGUAAUACGGUCAAAAUGUGGGUUCAGCUCCUUAUCCCCAGAAUAGAAGAUGGGAAUAACUUUGGUGUAUCCAUCCAGGAGGAGACAGUUGCAGAACUAAGGACUGUGGAGAGUGAAGCUGCAUCUUAUCUAGACCAGAUUUCUAGAUAUUACAUUACAAGAGCCAAAUUGGUUUCUAAAAUAGCCAAAUAUCCCCAUGUGGAAGACUAUCGACGCACAGUGACAGAGAUUGAUGAGAAGGAAUAUAUCAGCCUUCGGCUCAUCAUAUCAGAACUGAGGAACCAAUACGUCACUUUACAUGACAUGAUCCUGAAAAACAUUGAGAAGAUCAAGCGGCCCCGGAGCAGCAAUGCAGAGACGCUGUACUGAGGCCAGGGCCAGAGCCAGGGGACUCUGUGAGUCUGGCUCAAGACCGACAUUGCCUUGGUUUGUUACAUGACUAUCGAGAUGGGGAAACUGGCUGGAAAUAGUAAUCACACCUCUCUUCUGUUUUUAGUUAGAGUCUAAUGAAGCUCUCAUGUAGUUCUGUGACGUGUUUACCUCUUAUUUCAGGCCUCAGGAACUCUCCUACCCUAGUCCCCAUUCCCAACCUGCCCUGUUGUCAAGACUCAUUUCUAGAGUGUUUGCAUAUGUGUGUCUACGCACACAUGCACUUUCUCUUGAACUCUUUCUCCUACCCCACUUGACCCCUGGUCUCUUGGUCUGUAUGUCUCCUUUUCAGUUAGUUGGUUAGAUGCUGGGAAAGUUGGAAGUGAAAGAGCUGUGUUUCUUUGAGGGAAUAAGGGGCCUAUCCUGGCCUCUAUGGCAUAGAGGAUCCCUGGUGAUAGUGUGCGUGGCCAGGGGAGGGAGAAGAGAAGGAGAAGGUUGUAUUUCCUAUAUUGCAUCUCCCUACCAUCAGGACCUUGGGAAAUAUUAUACCUUCUACUAUCUAUUUGAGAGGUUUUUUGAUGUCUUUAUUUUGAGGUUUUUAGUUUUUUGUAUGUAGCUCUGCCACCACACAUAUUCCUUACUCUGUCACCAGACCUCCCAUUCUCUUCAAGGAUUCAUCUUAGCUCCAAGAGUCAGGUGGCCAGACUAAGCAGAACAAGGAUUCAGCUGAGAGGCGCAAGUUUGUUCCAACUGAACAGAGAGAUGGGAAGGAGGGAGGAGAGCACCAAGGCGCAUCCACUAUCCUGUGAUUCAGAGUCUUGUUGGGAAUUGUUACAAAGACUGCUGCCCCAACUAUUUGGCUCUCCUUAAUCAAUUACAAAUGGGAGGUUGGUGUGUUCUGAAGCUUAGAUCCAGAUACUACUUUGGGACCUCUUCCUUUUGGAAUAUUUUUCUUAUUUAUAUUUUUUCCCAAGGAGGGUAGGGAUGUGUGUGAAAAUCUGCAGGGUGGAUCAGAAAAAUGGAAGAAUUGCUAUCUUUCUCUUGAGAACUCUGGAUAUAUAUGUCAUUAUUGCAGGUUCUUUGACCUCCCACCCCACCUCCCAAGUCUGUUACCCCUCAGAGAGAGUCAGCUUAUUUCAAUCAACCCUUCCCAUGUAUGUGGCUCUUUCUGUGUUUGUUUCCAUCAUCCCUUACUUCUAUUUUUCUCUCCUCACUUUCCUGCUGGUUUCCACCUGGGAUGCAUCACUGUCUGUCCCAUUAUGUUAUAGUGAAGGAGUCAGGACAUUGUCUUCCCAUGAAUAAUAUUCAGUAACAAACCAACUGUGUUUUAGUUGGGCCUCCCCAGACCCUGUCCCUAUCCCCAACCCUACCUGCUCUCUCUCCACCAUGUGUUUCUUGGUGUUGUUUGCUUUUUUGUUUGUUGGAUUGUUCUGAUGUCCUCAACCUCAACUUCCCCAAUCCUUAUCCUACCCCUGCUUCCCUGGAUCGUAAUGUAAAAUUCUUUUACCAUGUCAAGAAAUUAUUAAAAAUACAGGUACUUUGACCUUU